AUGAAAAAAAAAAACAAACAUACCAUAGGUACAAGUUGCAUUUGUAUUCACCAUGAUUCAUUGAUGAGAAAAUUAUUAUUUAAUGAAGCAAAUACAGUAGAUUUUGAUUUUUGUAGUGAAUAUUUUACAGAUGGAAGAUUACCACCAAUUCCUAAAUUUUUUAAUGAAAUACCUGUACAAGAUUCAAAUAAUUUCAUAUCUGGUAGUUUGGUAUAA